AUGCAGCGAUACUUGUCCCACCUUGAAGAGAUUCUCUCUGAAAUUCAGAUUUCAGCACGAGUCUUGUCUCGUCAAGAGUUGGAUUCGCACUGCACUAGAGCGCGGCUGCUUGGAGCUUCACUUGGAGAACGUAGCGAUCGUUGUCUUGCUGAUGAUAGUAGUGGGAGGAGGAAGAGAAGGAUUUUCCCAUCACUCAAAACUCUCUCCAUCGUUUCAAUGAUGUUUCCAGAUUUUGAGACGUAUCAGUAUCUCAUCAAUGGCUGCCCUGUGCUUGAGGACUUGUCCCUGCAUUUUCACGAGAAGACAUUUCCUCCGAAUUGGAGUGGUGGCGUGUUGUGUCCUUCUGUCAAGCGGAUGAACAUCUAUCACUAUUUUCCCUCUUACCGUGAGACUCAUGAGGGGAUAACCAACAUUACAACUCUUCACUUGUCUCCUAAUUCUCUUGAGGUGCUUCACUUUUGCUGUAAAUCAAUGCCAGUGUUUCACAACCUCCUUACUUUAUCUUUUGAGAGCAACAAAAAAAGAGGAUGGCAAGUGGUGCCACUUCUCAUCACCAACUCUCCAAACCUUGAAACCUUAACCAUCAAGACUUAG